CCCAACAUUUCCUUCCUCCUCUGCUCUCUUCUCUGCUCUGCUCCGCUCCCGGCGACGGCGGCAGAGGCGGCGGCACGGAGACACCGUCGGAUGGCAGGCAACGGCGAAGGCGCGUCGCAUCCGUCGCUGGAACUGGAAGCAAGCGCCUCCGGAUUAGGUCAGGUCAGGUUAACCGACUAGAAAAUAUUUCAGAAUCGGCUGCCAAGGAGGUGAUGGAUUGACUUGCAACCAGGCUGCGGAAAAUUUCUGAAGCCAUGCAUGGUAAGGAAGAAGAAGCAGAAGCAGAAACAGUGCCUAGGCUAGAAGAAGCACAGCUGCAGCUAGGCAUAUCUGAAACCUAUCACCCUCGUGAGUACAUCCAGUGAGGCAUGGAACAACCAGACUGCAUCUUCUGAAGAAAUGGCCACUUGUCAUGCUGUUAACUGAAGAAAUCAACACCCAGCGGUCAGGUCGCGCCAAACCAGGCUCAUCUUCGAGAGCCCUGGAGCUCAUCUUCCUCUACUUGGGAUGUAACAUGGAACGGAGGGUACGGACCUGCCUGUUGGUGAAAAUAAAUGGCCGGCUUCUUCUCAGCAGAAGAAAGAAUGCUUCUCAUCUCAGCUGGGUUGCUUCAUGUCCUGGCCUUGAGUUGUAUUCCGGAAAUCCUAUUCCAGACUGUAGGGUCUUGAGAAGAUGCUCCUGAAAUGAUGAGCUUCUUGACUAGUCCUGCCAAGGAGUAGUGAGUAUGUUGGGACGGAGCAGAGAGAGCUCAUGUGCGAUGCCGGCACCUCUAGCUUUGCUUUCAGCCCAGCACAAGAAAAGGUCUGGGCCAGACUUCCCAUUCCAUGCCACUGGAUCGUACCAACACUCCACCAUCACAAUCGAAUCAACCAAUGCUUCUCUUCUGUCCAAGCAAUUUGGUGAGAGUUAGAUCAACAUCGCCAACCAGUGCCACUCCAUUUCCCUGUACGUCAGCUUGCUUGCAUCAGCCCAAACUACACACACUCUGCAUCGUCAGUCAGGUUUUCACAAAAAAGAAAAGAAAAAAAUUGCCAGACUUCUCAAACCAAACUUCAGGGCUCUCUCAACGACUCAGCCCAACCCAACCCCCCCUUUGCAGCAGCUAGCUAGGAUCAGGCAGGCGGCAGCGGUAUCCAUCACCGGCGGACCAUCAAGGCGCCCUUGUCCAUCCCUGCAUCCGGCCACGGGAUGGCCGAGACCGCCCUCGGCGCCGCACAAUGGGUGGUGAGCAAGGCGCUAGCCCCGGUCGCGGAUGGCGUGCUGGAGGCUUGGGCGGCCACCAGGACAUUUGGUCUCAACAUCCAGGCCCUCAAAACUGAACUGGAGAAGGUGCAGGCCACGCUCGAAAUAGCUGCCACCAAGGAGCUCCCUGGGCUGGCCACGGAGAAGAUGCUGCAGAAGCUGUGGGACUCGGCGCACAAUGCCGAGGACUUGCUGGACGAGCUGGACUACUUCCGCAUCCACGACGAGCUCCACGGCACGUACGACGCUGCCGACCAGCACGGCGACGAUGUCCUCCGUGACCUCGCCUUUGAUGCUCGCCACACCAUCAAAGCUCUUGGCAAACUGGUCAACUGUUUCCCAUGGCAGCGUGCUGAGCUCCAGCAGAGGUCACACGGCGAUUCGUUCUCAGCAUCACAAGCCAACCAGGAGGUCAGCGGAUGCAUGCCCAGCCUCGGUAAACUUCUCCUUUCCUCAUGUUCCCCACAUCCACAUGUUCGUGGUGAUGAAGAUCGUGGCAUUGCGCAAGAAACACCGAUGCCUGAGUUUAACAGGGCUGAUUUCUCCCAAAGGAUGAGGGACACUGUAGAGCAACUAAAGCUUAUGCGUAAUGAUGUUAAGGAUAUUCUGCAGACUUGUGGCCAUAGAACUGUCCUAGACAUUGCUCAGCGUCGUGUCACCACCACACCUCAGAGUGCAGAGCCAAAACUGUAUGGGAGGGACCAUGUCAUGAAUAAUAUCAUACAUGAUAUCACCGAGGGUCAAUACUGUGACAAGGGUCUAACUGUGCUUCCGGUUAUUGGUCCGGGGGGAAUGGGGAAGACAACUAUGAUACAACACAUAUAUAACAACCAGCAAGUGCAGAAUCAUUUUUCAGUCAGGAUUUGGAUAUGUGUGUCGUUCAAUUUCAACUUGGGUAAGGUGCUAGAACAGAUUAAAGAAGAUACCCUUACGGUUGAAGGUGAGAAUGGGUGUAGCACAACACAAGAGCUGAUUGAACACAGAUUGAAACACAAAAGGUUCUUACUUGUAUUGGAUGAUAUAUGGCAGUUUACUGAUGUGGAUGACUGGAAAAAACUAUUGUUGAUACUAGGCAAGUCACAAGAGAAGGGUUCCGUGAUUCUAGUCACAACUCGGCAAAAGGAAAUAGCAGACCAAGUUAAGAAAAGUGCAGAGCCAAAAGAACUGAAUGGUUUAGAACCUGGAGAGUUUAAGAAGUUAUUCCUUGUAUAUGUCUUUGAUGCUGAGCAAUGUCCAGGGGAUAAACGUUUUUUGCUUGACACUGGAGAUAAGAUAAUGGGAAAACUAAAGGGCUCCCCUCUUGCAGCAAAGACCGUUGGUAGAUUACUGAGGACAGACCCUAGUUUGGCUCAUUGGAAAAGGGUCCUAAACAGCAAACAAUGGGCGAAACAGUCCAAUGGAAUUAUGCUUGCCUUGGAGCUUAGCUAUGGCUUUCUCCCUUUCCAUUUGCAACGGUGUUUUUCCUAUUCUGCAUUAUUUCCUGAAGAUUACCGUUUCAGAAGCCGUGAGCUCAUCAGCCUAUGGAUCGGACUAGAUAUUUUGACACCUUCUGAUCAAAACCCAACCUUUGAAGGCAUAGGUCUGAGCAUUUUGAAUGAUUUAGUCAUCCAUGGAUUUUUCAGAGAAUAUAAAACUGAUGGUGGUCUGCGGUAUGUUAUGCAUGACCUACUGCAUGAGUUGGCAUUGAAGGUUGCAUCACAUGACUGUCUUCGUCUUCGUCUCCCUGAUGUUGGAUCGGUAGAAAUUAAGCCAUCCACCCGACACUUGUCUAUAAGCAUAGAGAACUUGGGUGGAUAUAAUGGUAAAAAAUUAAAGAGGGAAUUGGAAAAACUGAAGACAAGAUUGAAGGUUGAACAUUUGCAAACACUGAUGUUAUUUGGAGCGAUGGAUGAAGGUUCUGCUAAGAUAUUUGGUGAUUUUCUCGGGGAAGCAAAUGCUCUUCGUGUUCUUUAUUUGCCCCUCCUAAAGUAUCCCGUGGAGUCCAUGGUACAUAAUUUUUCAGGACUUGUCCACCUACGAUUCCUAUGUCUAGGGUGUUUACCAAUUAACAUCUCUAAAUUUUAUCAUCUAAGGGUUCUAGAUCUUAAGUCAUGGUCUAGCAGUGGUGAUUUUCCUGAAGACACGAGCAACCUUGCAAAGUUGUGCCAUUAUUAUACCCCAAGAGAUGAUAAGCUUCAUUAUGAUAUUUGUAAUGUGGGAAAAAUUCAGCUCUUGGAAAAGUUGAAGGUAUUUCGGGUCAAUAAAAAAAAUGAAGGAUUUGAACCAAAGCAACUAGAGCCACUGACCAAGCUAUGGGAGCUUGGCAUCUACAACCUUGAGAAAAUACAUACAAAAAAAGAAGCAGCUCAAGCAAAACUGAUUGAGAAGAAAUACUUGAGGAGGUUAACAUUGGGUUGGGAUAGUAAGCGAUCUAGUGAUGAGCCUGGUGUGGAAGCAAUGGUUCUUGAGUGCCUUCGACCACAUGAAAAUCUUGAAGUGUUGUGCAUUAGAGGGCAUAGAGGCCCCACUUGUCCAACAUGGCUGGGUGAUGAGCUUGCUGUUGAAGCUCUACAAUUUCUUCGUCUUGAUGGUGUUUCUUGGAAGGUUUUCCCUUCUUUACGGAACAUGGGGGAUCUUUGUGAGCUUGAGAUACAAGAUUGUCCAGAAUUCUCGUCUGUGAUUCCCACCUCCUGGAUUGAGAGUUUGCGUCGCAUCACGAUUGAAUGUGUCAAGCUACUAAAGAGAUUUGCAUACUCAAAAUCAUCACAUGGAGCACAACUGGAAAUCAUUGGAUGGGGUGAUCUGCAAAGCUUAGACCAAGUGUUAGUUUUCGAUAAAGAAACAGGUCUUGAGAAGCUGACACUCGAGAGAUGCCCACCUUUGGAGUUGAAGCACCUUCUGAUGCUAACCUCGCUGAAGACACUGAUUUUAAAGCAUUCAGCUGGUCUGGCUGGUCUGGCUGGACCACUAGGAGGUCAGGGUGAUGUGGAAUGGCAGCUCCCUGUUGAGCACAUCGAGAUCUGCCACUUAAAUGGUAAUAGUUGGAAUGAACUGACAGAGCUCUUCCCACACCUCCCAAAGCUCUCCAAAUUGGAGAUACGGGAUUGUAAAAACAUAACACAGCUGGUAGUGGGGGUGGAUCUGCGACAAACAGCAUCAGAGAUGGGGGGAGGUGAAAUAACAGCAGCAACAGAGGAAGAGGAUGAUGGAGUGCUGCUCUUCCCAGCUCAUCUCUGUGACUCACUACAGAAAUUGAAGCUCCUUUCCUACCCAGAGCUGGUCCUGGUGGACUCGCCAACUCUUGUUCCUGGAGGAGGAUGGCUCCAAUCCUUGCGAUCCCUCCAGAGAUUAAGCAUAAAGUAUUGCCCAAAGUUUCUAUCCGCCUUCUCAUUCUCCAGUCACAUUUUCCCUUCCUCCCUGCAAUUCCUGGAGCUUACGAAAUUAGAAGGGAUGGGGACACUAGAGCCUCUCUCAAACCUUUCUUCUCUUACCAGAUUAGUACUGGAAUUUUGUGGAAAGGACCUGAAAUGUCAGGGACUGCAGUCUCUCCUUACCACCGGCAGCCAGCUCAAGGAAUUGGAAGUCAGGGGCAGCCAUAGAUUCUUUGCUAAUUGGGAUCCAAAUCCCAGACGGGCUGUGGAGGAUGUUGAAGGAGGAGAAGAGCAGCCAACACAGCUUGUUGCAUCCACGCUGCGGAAGCUUUGCACAGAUGACGCAGCAGGACUCCUUGCUGCACCCAUCUGCAGCUUCCUUUCUUCCUCUCUCACCAAGCUGAAACUUCAUGGGUACGGGCCUGAAGGGAUGGAGCGCUUCAGCAAGGAGCAAGAGGACGCCCUUCAGCUCCUCUCCUCCCUCCAGAAACUUGAGUUUAGGCAUUUCCACCAUCUUCAGCAAAUCCCUGCAGGGUUGUGCAACCUUACCAGCCUCAAGAUGUUAUCAAUCAACCACUGUCCUGCCGUCUCGUCAUUGCCCAGCGAUGGCCUCCCCAAAUCACUGGAAAAACUAGAUGUCUAUGACUGCAGCGAGGUGCUAAAACGGCAGUGCAGGUGGAUGUUGGGAACCAUCCCCAAAACCAUAAGAGGAUGAUCCAAGGACAAUGCCUUGGAGUUCCCUUGUACAUUCUUCUAGCCCUGUAGUGCUCUGCUCUUUCCAUACAUACACACUUGUCUUCCUUCCUGUACAAAUUAUCCGGUGUUCGUUCGAUCUUGUAGGCUUCUUCAUAUUUGCAUUUUAAAUUUGGGUUAUCGUCAUUUCAUCAAGACGUGGUACGUGGUAGUCUACUUGCGUAAUUUGUGUUUCACAAUCAGAAUAAUGGAAUAAAUGAGAAUAUGAGUCAAGAACUGAAGAAACUCAUAUUAAGGUGUUCUUGUGCUUCUGAUGGCUUUCUGCUACUUUGCUAUCAGUACCACGUGUGUGUAUAUUUCUCCAAAGCUCAUGAAGUCUUGAUGGUGUAUCUAGAAAGUUCAGUUUUAAUGUUCAGAAGGUCAUCAUCGCACAAUUGUGGAAAUCAGUUGGUUUUCAGUGUUUUGCUACUGAUAAAGUUUGCAGUUUUUAAUCCAGUCCACAUUCUACUGAUACCAGGAAAUUUAAUGGCCUACAGGAUGUUGAUUAAUGUGAGGGAUUCAUUUGGUGCUCAACUGUUUACAUCUGAAACUUGCCUAAGUAGUGAUGGAAGUAUCAACCACUCAAUAAAGAAGUGGCUGUGGUUCGCCCAAUAUGCCUCCAAGUCAUUCACCCAAUAUGUCGUGCCUCUCCACGGUGUUGAGUGUUGCCAUGGGUGUAUGAGUCAGCUGCCAGGGAGGGUGGUGAAUUGAGUUGCAACAAGUCCCCGGAAUAAGAGUUAUGCGGAUACAGAUGCGGUAUGCUUGCUGGAUCCAUGCUAAGUAAGCAGACACAUUGGCUAGGCUAGCAGGAGCGUAGCCUGCAGCUAGGCGGCAUGUCUGAAGCCCGUCGCCUGGUAACGUCGCUCAGACUGCCUUAAAUUGCUCCAUGCCAACAUAACAUGGAAUGGAAGGUACCCUACCCUGCCUGCUGGCGAAAUAUUCAGCUUGUCCUUGAGCCAGUUUAUCCCAUAAUCAUGGUGGUAUGCAAGGAGUGCCACACUCGUACUCGAUGGCUCCAGCAAUGUGUGCACCUGAAACACUGCAGAACAUUGAUUCAUGUGAGAAUUGGCUUGCAAGAAGUCCAUGAAGUAGGAGUUAUGCAGAUCUAUAGAGAUGCAAUAUGCUUGCUGGAGCCAUGCGAAGGAAGAAGAAGCAGAGUGACACAUUGGCUAGCCUAGCAGAAGCGUAGCCUGCAGCUUGGUACGUAUGUGAUAGCAGCUUGGUACGUCGCCCAGAAUUAAAUUUCCGUGAUGAUUGAGCACAUCAAUUACUCAAUGUGUGCACUACAGAUGUCAUAAUAAUCCUGGAAGAUUUGCCCCCCCAAACAAAAGGAUGAUUUGUUGGCUUGAUGAGUGGACGUGGGAGGUGAUCAUCUCCCCUGCUUUUCAACCAUACAGACCCGAUGCUUGCUUGCUUGAGUAGUAUCUGCUGGAAGGUUGUCUUCUUCGGCGGGCGGUAGACGGCGGCGGUUAACUGGCUUCAACACAUUUCAGAAUAGGCUGCCAAGGAGGGUGAUGAAUUGACUUACAACCAGUCUGUCGAAUAUCUGAAGCGUCUUCUGAAGAAAUCGACGCUUGUCAUGUUGCUAACUGAAGAAAUCGACACUUGUCAUGUCGCUAACUGAAGAAAAUCGACACUUGUCAUGUUGUUAACUGAAGAAAUCGACACCCAGUUGUUCAUGCCAAAUUGAGCUCAUGUUCCUCUACUUGGGAUGUGAGCAUGGAACGGAGGCACGAUAUUGAUCAUCGCCAAAUUUAGCAAUAUAGUGAAGUCCCAAGAUAUCAUCAUCACUGGAGAAGGAGGAGAAGAGCACCAUUUUUGUGCCAUCAAGCAGCUCAAGAUGCUCGUCAGAUGAUGGGCUGCUUCUUCCCCACCAGCUACAUGAUCUUUUGAAGUGUACAUAAGUGCACCAAUCAAAUUCCAUCCUAAGCAUAAACUGGUCGCUCAGAAAUUGCUGCAGUCGUUGCCAACAGCAUCCCCCAAGGCACAGAUCAAGUAGUUGUUGCAAGAAAUAUUUCGAAGGUGGCCCGUUCCGUGGCUGCUGCAUUGUGCAAGAAAAAUAGCACGGUGUUGAGCCCCAAAUACCGGAAGAUGCAGCUGACAACUCGCAGUGCAAAGGUAAGAAGGAGAUUAUGCUCUGAGUAAUUGGAGAAGGCUUAAAUGUUGCUGAAAUGUUGAGGGCACUGAAAAGAACCUGAUCUAUGAUGCCAUGCUCUCGGCGAUAUGCAAGCACUGCUAUACUUGAAGUCUCCGGCAGCGGGUGUGCCUAAAUACUGCACAGAGUUCGAUGAUCCGAGAAUUGGCUGCCAAGGAUGGGGUCAUGAAUUGACUUGCGCAACAGGUCCGCGGGGUAGUGGUUAUGCAGUUAUGUGCUGGCUGGAGCCAUGCUAAAGAAGAGGAAGCAGACACAUUGGCUAGGCAAGGUGGCAUAUCUGAAGCCUGACGCCUUUGUGACGUCGCUCAGACUUGAAUUGUCAGAUUAAUGGUCAGUUUGGUUAGUAUUUCGUUUAUUCAGUAGUAUUAGUACAUCUCAGACUAUUCAGAUUAGUACUUACACAUUUGGCUUACUCCCACGUCCACUCCCAUUCCGUGCGCGCACUCCUGGCGCCUGCUUACCUUACCGGAGCGCGACGGAUGUGCCGCACCCGCAGCGCCGAAGAUAAACCGUUCUUCCUUAUCCACACGGUCAAAAUAAUCCUGUGACUUUGUAAACCAUUCUUCCUUGUCCACGCUGCUAGUGCUAGCAGAGGCGUAGCCUGUGGCUGUCUAGGAACAACCAGACUGCAUCAUCUUCUGAAGAAAGAAGUCGACACUUGUCAUGCUGUUAGCUGAAGAAACCGACACUUUUCAUCUUGUUACCUGAAGAAAUCGACACUUGUCGUGCUGUUAACUAAAUGAAGAAGUCAACAGCAACCGGGCGGGCUCAUCGUCGACCAUCUGAUCUUCAUGUAGCGGCGACUUACGCUUGUACGAGAAAAAGGACUGAAGACUGGAGUCGUCGCUAUUUGAAUUAUUACCUUUGUUACAUUAUUACUGUCUCCUUGGUCGCCUGCUUUACUUAACCGUUAAAGUUACGUUUUACUGGUUGUAUUGGGGGUAAAACCCCGGAUCUAUCUGAGAGCAGCUCAUCUUCCUCUACUUUUGGUAAACCCCCAAUAUUCCUCUGAAUUGACCUGCUGAUAAAAGAACAUGUAGCACUGCUGAUAAGAUUCUUGAGGAAGAUGUGCUUCUCUGCUGCUCAA